CUCCAUUUUCAGUCCGGCAACGCUCAUUACUCUGCGUACAAAACGAUUGAGCACCAGAUUGCAAUUCAGUAUCUUCAAAUGAAAUGGCCACUGCUCGAUGUCCAAGCAGGAAGCCUCCAGAGCCGACAAGCCCUCAAGGAUGCCCGCUCACCAUCGCCUGCCCACAUCGUACAGAGCCCCCUCCCUUGCUGCACUCAGGGACAUGCCUGUCAGCACUUCUACCCCCCCUCAGACUUCACUGUCAGCACGCAAGUCUUCAGGGACAUGAAAAGCAGCCACUCCUUACACAAGGUUGGGGAGCCCUGGUGUCUGGAGUCGAACAAGGUCCCGGUGGUGCAGCAUCCCCACCAUGUCCACCCCCUCACUCCUCUCAUCACCUACAGCAACGAACACUUCACCCCGGGAAAUCCACCUCCACACUUACCAGCUGAUGUAGACCCCAAAACAGGAAUCCCACGGCCUCCGCAUCCCCCAGAUAUCUCUCCGUACUACCCGCUGUCGCCCGGCACCGUAGGACAAAUCCCCCAUCCGCUAGGAUGGUUAGUACCACAGCAAGGUCAGCCUGUGUAUCCAAUCACCACAGGAGGGUUCAGACACCCCUACCCCACAGCCCUGACAGUCAACGCUUCUAUGUCUAGCUUCCUGUCUUCUAGGUUCCCUCCCCAUAUGGUCCCUCCCCACCAUACUCUCCACACGACCGGCAUCCCUCAUCCGGCCAUCGUCACACCAACAGUCAAGCAGGAAUCCUCCCAGAGUGACGUCGGCUCACUCCAUAGCUCAAAGCAUCAGGACUCCAAAAAGGAAGAGGAGAAGAAAAAGCCCCACAUAAAGAAGCCCCUCAAUGCAUUCAUGUUGUAUAUGAAGGAAAUGAGAGCGAAGGUGGUGGCCGAGUGCACACUGAAGGAAAGUGCCGCCAUUAACCAGAUCCUUGGCCGCAGGUGGCACGCCCUGUCCAGGGAAGAACAAGCCAAGUAUUAUGAGCUGGCCCGGAAGGAACGACAGCUUCACAUGCAGCUGUAUCCUGGCUGGUCUGCGCGGGAUAACUAUGGGAAGAAGAAGAAGAGGAAAAGGGACAAGCAACCUGGUGAGACCAAUGAACACAGCGAAUGUUUCCUAAAUCCUUGCCUUUCACUUCCUCCGAUCACAGACCUGAGCGCUCCUAAGAAAUGCCGAGCGCGCUUUGGCCUUGAUCAACAGAAUAACUGGUGCGGCCCCUGCAGGAGAAAAAAAAAGUGCGUUCGCUACAUACAAGGUGAAGGCAGCUGCCUCAGCCCACCCUCUUCAGACGGAAGCUUACUAGAGUCGCCGCCCCCGUCCCCGCAUUUGCUAGGCUCCCCUCCCCAAGAUGCCAAGUCACAGACUGAGCAGACACAGCCGCUCUCGCUGUCCCUGAAGCCUGAUCCUCUGGCCCACCUGUCCAUGGUGCCACCGCCACCUGCACUCCUACUGGCUGAAGCUGCCCACGGCAAGGCCUCUGCCCUCUGUCCCAAUGGGGCCCUGGACCUGCCACCUGCCGCCCUGCAGCCACCCAUGGUCCCGUCCUCAUCGCUCGCACAGCCCUCUACAUCUUCCUUACAUUCCCACAACUCUCUGGCUGGGACCCAGCCCCAGCCUCUGUCUCUGGUGACCAAGUCUUUAGAAUAGCUACACCUCGUCCACUAUGACCUGCUUGAUUGAAGUGUUUCCUUCUGGUUCUUGGUUUGCCCUCCUCCACCCCACCUUGGAAAGCUUUUGUUUGUACUCUUAAUUUGUGCCACUGUGGCUACAUGAGUUGAUGUUUAUCGAGUUCAUUGGUCAAUAUUUGACCCAUUCUUAUUUCAACUUCUCCUUUUAAAUAUGUAGAUGAGAGAAACCUCAUGAUUCUACCAAAAUUUUUAUCAACAGCUGUUUAAAGUCUUUGUAGCGUUUAAAAUAUAUAUAUAUAUACAUAACUGUUAUGUAGUUUGGAUAGCUUAGUUUUAAAAGACUGAUUAAAAAGCAAAAAGAAAAAAAAAGAGAGAAGCAGUUUUGAAGCAUCCCACAGAAGGAGUUGGUUCUGUAUUAUUUGUAUUAAAUACGAGCUUGCGAACCAAUCACUUUUCAUCUUGGUUUUUAAACCACGAGGGUACAAUGAAUGCAGUGCCCUUUCUUUCUCUUUCUUUCUUCUUUUUUUUUUUUUCUGUGUGAAACAACUUUUAUUGUGACGUUACUUGUUAUUGUUUAAAUGUACAGAAACAAAGGGUAAAAUGUGUUAAUAUACCUUGUUCCAUGGUGUUGUUCUUUUGGGGGGAGGGGACGCUACUCAACAAUGAAUGGAAUCAACGCUGUUGGACCAGUAGUAUUUAUUGCUUUAGAGGUUGCUUGUUGUACCUGUACGUCUGUCCCUUUUUAAAUAUGUUUCCUUUUUUUUCCUUUGAAACUGUAUAAAGUCCCCCCCCCCCCGUCCUUAGCAUAAGCAUCUUAUAUAUAACAACUCAUUUGUACAAGGUUUUUAAGUUUAUAUAUAAAAUGUGUAUAUAUUUUUUGUUUCCUUUUUUUUGACUUUUGUUUAUUUGUUUGUUUCUGUAUGAAACCCGGACGCCACCAAAAGGACAUUAAUAGUUACAUUAAGGGUCAGUAGCAUUAACAAGGGUUGCUUUAAAAGCCAUUAUGUAAAACAAGACUUGAACAUUAGUGAGAGAAUCUUCGCAGCUGUCUGAGCAGCCCUGGGAACCACCCCGUUUCCCCCCAUCUCCUAGUCAAUUGCCCUGUGCUCUUAGAACAUGGACUGACCGUGUGCAAAACUUUUAUGUGCCAAAAUUCUCAGUGGCUUUAGCUUCCUCCCUCUUUUUUGAUGCUGUACUUUCUGUUCGCCAUGUUUUGCUGUGAUGUUACAUAGAUAGACUUGUGUGUAGUUUUAAUGUCACCUAUAACAAAAUGUGUUUGGUAGCAGACCGUCCAGAAAGCAUUUUAAAUGAAGAGGUCUAAACCCUUAAGGGCCAAAAAUUCUGUAUAUUAGAUUACUCUUAAAUGAAAAAAAAAAGAAAAAAAAACCAGCUGCCGCUUUUAUGUACACAUAUUACAUACAAGUAGGUGGUGAACUUUACAAACAAGAAAACCUAGGCAUGCUGAUGUUGUAAAAUGCUGUAUAAAGCUGAGACCUGUCCCUUCAGUGCCAUCGUAGUUGACAUGAAGCGAUUGUAAAACUGUCUCUGGUUUUCUCUGGUUUCUUAAAAUGCUAACUAUAACAUUUUUCUGUGAAUACUCUGAAUGUUUCCUAACAGUUGUGAUGUUACUGUUCUGUUCUACGCUUAUCCCAAGUUCAUUUUGAAUGGUUUGGAAGCCGUUUUUGUAAUGAAUCAAUGUCCAUGCUGUACAGUAUCUGUAGCAUGCCGUUCUGGGUUAAUAAAAGCGACUUAGUAUGUGCAGAUAAA